UAUUACUCACCGGAUUUCGUCGGUUGUGCGAAAUCCUACAAAAAGAAAAAAAAAAAAAAUAUAUAUAUAUAUAUAUAUAUAUCAAAACUUAUUUUUGUGACAUUUUUGCCGCGUUAUAGCUUCUAAAAUUAAGAAACAUUCUAUAUGUUAAAUCAUCGUAAAAUCUAUUUUCGUGAAACUUUUGACAUACCAUAAGCUUCUGAAAAUUUGUGUAAAAUGUUUUUAAAAUGUUAAUGCCUACCGGAUUCCACUCUGGUUAGUAACUAAUUGCAUUCACCAACACCGUUAUUUAGAGCAUCUCCUAUGGAGAUAUGCAAAACUAUAUUUAUGUCUCGUUUCACACUUUUGGGAGAUAUAGAUGGGAGUUCUACUCCAAUGGUAGAUACAUAAGUUUGAAAUCCAUUUAAUUUUCUCUCUUUGAUCGUGGUACUCACCACCAAAAGAUGUAAAAAAUAUGGGUGCAUUUUUGCUUACCAUCCUUAAGUGGUGGUAAUACUCACCAUCAUAUUUGUCACCAUUGUAUAAGUUUAAUUUUUGAGAUUUAUGUAUAUACACUACCCAUGUCUCGAAAUUUAAACUCAUCUAACGAUAAUAAAUACGGUGAUGAGCAAAAAUAUGCAUAUUUAGGCUUUUAUGUUACAUUUUUCAGUCAAGAUGUAUAUUUUACAUCUCGCCAUUAGAGAAUUUUCCGGCCACUAAAAAUGUAAAAUACUCAUUUUAAGGGAUUUGCAUCUUCUAUUUGAGAUGCCCUUAGGUCUUUCAAUAUUUUUUGAAAAUAAAAUAGAAUUGAAGACGGAGAGAAUUUCAAGGAGCAAAGAGCGAGUCAAAAUAAUUACCUUAACCACAAGUAAACAGGGUAAGAAAUGACAACCCCAGAAAAAUAACCUGCCAACUGGAAAACCAAAUAAAUCCCCCCAAAACAUUCCUUCUCUUCUCCGUAUAAAAAAGCGAUCCCCCUCUCAUCUGCACAUAUAAAGUCCUCCUCUGAUAUCCAAGCAAGAAAGAAAAAAAAACAAGCACGAAUACGAUGGCCAAUUCUAAUAGUAUUGUUCUUGUCUCUGCCCUUUGCUUCUUGUCGCUCAUCGGCGUCGCCUACUGCGCCGAGACCCUCAAUGUGCACGGCAUUGUUUAUUGCGAUAAUUGCCGCACGCAGUUCUUUACCAGAAUCAGUGAGCCCCUCACAGGUGCAAAGGUGAGACUGGAAUGCAGAGAGAGUGAAGGGGGAAAAGUAACUCUAACCAAAGAGGCAGACACCGAGGAAUUAGGAACUUACUCCAUUCCGGUGGAAGGAGACCAUGAAGAGGAGGUUUGCGAGGUGAUCUUGGUGAAGAGUCCCAAGGAGGACUGCAGCGAGAUCAGCAACGAGCUUCAUGCGAAGCUCAGCGCGAGGAUCAGCCUCACGAACCACAAUGGCAUCACCGGGCCUCAUCGCAUGGCGAACCCUCUCGGUUUCAUGAAGAAGGAGGUUGAUCCUAGGUGCGCUGAGGUCCUCAAGGAGCUCGGACUCACCCCCGAUGGCGACCUUGUUGACGGCGCACCUGAUGCCGCUCCUGAUGGCGCUGCUGAAUAAGCCAUCAAUAAUUUUACGUACUGCAGAAAACCGAAGGGAAUUGAUAUCCCAGCCUUCAUUUUUCGAUCAUGUGUAAUCAAUAAAUGGGUUUUUUAUUAAUUUCCCCUACUAAUCCAGACGUGAUAUGUAUGAGAAAUUUAAAUUAUACAUCGAUCUAUCGAUCUGCAGUAGUAGCACUUAAUUUA